ACGACGGUGUACAUGCUCUGUUCCUCGACGUAGACGCUCUUUACAGCCAAGCUGUCUUCACUGGGUCCUGGCUCUCUAUUCCGACGUCCGAGGACGCGCAGCCCGAUGGCCAUUCUCCCGUUAUCCGCUACGCAGUCCACAUUCGAGGAUGGCGCGUCAAGCCCCCUCCGGAAGCCGGCAGCCAUGUCGAACCGCGUACCCUUAAUAUUCAGGCGGCUGCUCAGAUUCCAUCAAAUGGACUUUGAGUUGGCGGCAUGGCAGUUAACGUACUUGUGUCUAGCACCGAAGAGAGUAUAUCGGAAUGUCUACUUCCACAAACAGACCAAGAAUACAUGGGCACGAGAUGAUCCAGCCAUUCUUAUCCUAAUAUCUGCGUGCCUUGUCGUGGCCGCUAUUGCCUGGUCCGUGGUAUACUCCUUCGGGGUGUUCGACGCGAUCUGGCUGGCAUUUCUCAUGAUAUUCCGAGACUACUUAGUUGUCGGCAUCAUCAACGCCACGAUCCUAUGGUUUACCGCGAAUCGUCUCCUGCUAUCGCCACCGUCGCAUACAAGCCCAGCCGACACAGCAGUGGAAUGGGCUUAUGCGUUCGACGUGCACACGAAUGCCUUUUUCCCUCUCUACCUGACUCUGUACCUGGCACAGCUGUUUUUACUGCCGAUCAUCCUGAAGUCGAAUUGGGUUUGCCUGUGGGUCGGAAAUACGCUCUAUCUGGCUGCGUUUGCGCAGUACAUAUAUGGGGUAUACCUGGGUCUCAGUGCGCUGCCCUUUUUGGUGCGAUCAGAACUGCUCUUGUCACCCUUGCUGCCGCUGUUUACAGGCUAUGUCAUAUCCCUAUUGGGAUUCAACGUCGCAAAACAUGUUCUUACUGCAUACUUUGGGUCAUAGUUUCCCGUGUAAUCUAUUUCCUCGCGUGUUACAUCGAAUGCACGCCAUCGAAUGCACGCCGCACGUCCACCCCAAAUACCCC